CAUUGACAGUUUGUAGUUUGACAGCAGCAGAAGCGAGGCGCACAUCGAGCGGUGUAGACGGUUUUUCGAGCAGAGACAGACAAACGUAUACGUGUGGGUCACAGUUCGAUUCGCAUUUUCCUCUUUUAUUUCGAUAAGUUUUUUAUUUUCCGCGCGCGGAAAGUGACAGUCAUUACAAUCACGUGAGACGUCCAAGCCAAAAAAAAAAAAACAAGAAAAUGAAGACCUACAACGCCGUCGUCAUAGCAGCCCUUUUCAUCGGUGCCGUUCUCUGUCAACUGGAGGAUCUGGAUUUGGACAAUGUCAAGAAUCAGAUUCCCGGAUUGGAGAACUUCAACCAGAGUGCCUUGCCGCAGAAGGAGGAAGUCGAGAAAGCUUUGAGGGAGAAGUGCAAGAAGAACGGAGACGAAAACUCCUUCGACGAUAUCGUGAAUUCAAAGGAUGCGGUGCAGGAGUGCGUGCAGAAAUACGUAAACCAAACUGUGAUCAUGGAGGAGCUGGAGGUGGCCAAGAAGGACGGAUCCAUGGACGAGGUGUUCGGAAAGUACUGCAAGAAGAGGCCCGAGAUUAUGGCGUGCGUGACGGACGUGCUGAAGAAGGUGGAGAAGUGUCUGGAGCCGGAGGAGAAGACCAGUCUGAAGGUCCUCAUCAACGUCGUCGACAAAGUGGGAAACUUCUCGUGCUUCAAGGAUGGUGAUCGUUUGGCAUUGUUCGUAGCUGAAAGCGGUCUGGAAUGUCUGGAACAAUCCAAAGACGGAAUUCAGUUCUGCGCCAACCAAACUUUCCAGUCGAGAGUCCCGAAGGAUCUGUCCAUAACCAACUUACCUAUCUUCACCAUCGGCGAACAGGAAUGCAGCGACAUGGAAAAGUUCCAGGUGUGCGCGGUCAAGGAGUUCGAGAAGUGCGAGAGUAACACCCCAGCGAACGUGAUCGAGGCCCUCUUCAAGUUCAUAAGGCGCGAGACGCCCUGCAAGAACUUCGACUCGGCGAAGCCGGCAGCCACCCGUAAGUUUGAAGCCGACCCUAAUUCAAGUACCAUUUGCGUUGCGAGCUUGCUCUUGGUGGCGAUGACCUCGCUCCUUGCCAAAAUCAUCAAC